UUAACGGGAAGUCGGCCGUUAGCCUGGCGGCGCUUAGAGCUGCUCGUAGUGGAGGGAAGCGGCUAGCUCCGUUACUUCCGCUAGUUGCCUGUGUGUUUGUAGGAUAGUUUACUGUACUUGUUUGCACCGUCGACUGUUCCCAACAUGGCGUACCAGCUGUACAGGAACACCACUCUGGGAAACAGCCUGCAGGAGAGUCUGGACGAACUCAUACAGACUCAGCAGAUCACUCCUCAGUUGGCUCUUCAGGUCCUCCUUCAGUUUGAUAAAGCCAUCAACACAGCGCUCGCCAACAGAGUCCGCAACAGAGUCAACUUCAGGGGCUCUCUGAACACCUACAGGUUCUGUGACAACGUGUGGACGUUUGUUCUGAACGAUGUGGAGUUCAGAGAGGUGACCGACCUGGUCAAGGUCGACAAGGUCAAGAUUGUCGCCUGCGACGGAAAGAGCGAGUCGACCCAGAACAAAACUGAUAAAUGACUCCGGCUCCAACGCUGCAGAGUGACAACUCUUCUCAUGUGUGUCGGUGUCGGUUGGAGCCAUAGAUGGACCUGGACUGUACAUAUAAUUUAUUACAGCAGAGUCACAGCUGAGAACUGAGUGUGUGUGUGUGUGUGUGUGUGUGUGUGUGUGUGUGUGUGUGUGUGUGUGUGUGUGUGUGUGUGUCAGAGUGGACCAGUCACUGUACUUUCAGCAGUUUGUUUUUACUAUCAGUUUACAGGAGUUUGUGUUCAGUUUGCUGUUAUAAUUGAGCUGGAUCAUCUUUAAUAAAAACU